ACGUCAGGCUUCCGUAUCGCCGUGUAACAUGCCUGAAAGAGUGCAAUAAGUGAGCAGAUAAGUUAUCUAACCUUUCACAGAUUUUUAUUCUCUCUCUGGGUGCAAACGAUACAUUUGGCAUACAGCUUGGUUAAAGGCACGGUACAUACUGUAUAUUGAGAGACAUGGCGGAGCAGCAGGCAGAGGAGUCAACACAGCCCGAACUAAUGAACGAGGAAGAGCCUUUCCUCAGCAACCUAGACAUCUUCCUGUUCUCCCUCAUCGUGGGCCUGAUCAUAUACUGGUUCAUGUUCCGCAAGAAGCCUGAAACCAUCCCAGACUUUCGCCCACUCGAACCCGUACCAGCGGCUGCCAGGGAAACCAGUUUCAUUGAAAAAAUGAAGAAAACAGGCAAGAACAUAGUGGUGUUCUACGGGUCACAAACUGGCACUGCUGAAGAAUUUGCCAACAGGCUCUCUAAAGAUGCCCACCGUUAUGGCAUGAAGGGCAUGGCAGCAGAUCCAGAGGAAUAUGAUAUGAAUGAACUUUCUCGCUUAAAAGAAAUCAAAAACUCUUUGGCCAUCUUUUGCAUGGCCACAUACGGAGAAGGAGACCCUACAGAUAACGCCCAGGACUUCUAUGACUUACUACAGGAGGGAGAUCUUGACCUGGACGGAGUUAAUUUCACGGUGUUUGCACUUGGAAAUAAAACAUAUGAGCAUUACAACGCCAUGGGCAAGUACGUGGACAAGAGGUUAGCCGAGCUCGGUGCCCAGAGAAUCUUUGACCUUGGCAUGGGAGACGACGACAGCAACCUUGAGGAGGACUUUGUGUCAUGGAGAGAGCAGUUCUGGCCAGCUGUGUGUGAACACUUCGGAGUCGAGCCUACUGGCGAAGAGUCCAGCAUCCGUCAGUAUGAGCUGAAGAUCCACGAGGACUUGAACAUGAAUAAGAUCUACACCGGUGAACUGGGACGCUUGAAGAGCUUUGAGAACCAGAAACCGCCAUUUGAUGCUAAGAACCCCUUCCUUGCUCCCGUCACUGUUAACCGCAAACUCAACAAAGGAGGUGACCGACACUUGAUGCAUUUGGAGCUGGACAUCACAGGGUCUAAGAUCAGGUAUGAGUCAGGAGACCACGUGGCUGUGUAUCCCACCAAUGACUCCAGCAUUGUAAACAGACUGGGAGAAGUCCUCGGCGUAGACCUUGAUACCAUUAUCUCACUGAACAACCUUGAUGAGGAGUCCAAUAAGAAACACCCAUUCCCAUGCCCCACCACGUACCGCACAGCUCUAACACACUACCUGGACAUCACCAACCCGCCACGCACCAACGUUCUCUAUGAGCUCGCCCAGUAUGCCUCCGACCCCAAAGACCAGGAGAACAUGCGCAAGAUGGCGUCCUCUUCACCUGAGGGCAAGUCACUGUACCAGAGCUGGGUCUUGGACGCAAGUCGGAAUAUUUUGGCCAUCCUGGAAGACCUGCCAUCCCUGCGGCCACCCAUCGACCACCUGUGUGAGCUUCUGCCCCGCCUGCAGGCUCGUUAUUACUCCAUUGCAUCCUCCUCCAAGGUUCACCCCAACAGUAUCCACAUCUGCGCCGUGGUGGUUGAGUACAAGACUAAGACGAACCGCAUCAACAAGGGUGUCGCUACCAACUGGCUUAAGGCCAAAUUGCCUACUGACAACGGGCACAAGGCCACCGUGCCUAUGUACAUCCGCAAAUCCCAAUUCCGUCUGCCCUUCAAGGCCAGCAACCCGGUCAUCAUGAUUGGUCCCGGCACAGGCAUCGCACCAUUCAUGGGCUUCAUUCAGGAGCGCUCCUGGCUGAAAGAGCAAGGUAAGGACGUGGGAGAGACUGUUUUGUACUUCGGCUGCCGUCAUAAAGCCGAAGACUUCUUGUACCAGGAGGAGCUGGAGGCGUUUAAGAAAGCUGGAGUGCUGACGCAGCUCAGUGUGGCCUUCUCCAGGGACCAGGAGCACAAGAUAUAUGUGCAGCAUCUCCUGAAGAAGAGCAAGGAAGCUGUCUGGAGGCAGAUACAUACAGAAAACGCACACAUUUAUAUCUGCGGAGACGCACGUAACAUGGCGAGGGACGUACAGACUGCUUUCUACGAGAUAGCCGAGGAACUCGGCGGCAUGACGCGUACCCAGGCUACAGAUUACAUCAAGAAACUGAUGACCAAGGGACGCUACUCGCAGGACGUCUGGAGUUAAAGAGCCUCCCACACCUCUUCACAUGUCCUCUGAAUUUGUAGUGUUUUGCAGGACUGCUUUAAAUUGAAUAUUUUUGAACUUGGUAAAGGAAAAACACAGGCAUACAGACAUUUAGCCCCCUGAAUGAAGUUUAUAGCAGGUGCUCAUGUUCUGACUCUGUCUCUACAGAUUUACACAGUGUACAUAGAUAUAAUUUCAUACCAUGUGUUGUAACAUUUCGACCCAAAUAUUCAGUUGUCACACAUGGAAUAGGCUCUCUGUAACAUACAUAAUGCAGUUCACAUGCUGUGUUCUUAUUAUAUUGUAGUGUUGGUGGAGAGCUACUGAAGGUAGUCUUCAAACUUAUGCAUAGACUUUAUAUUGGGAAUCAAGUAAAUACUAAUUAGCAGUAGAAACUAACUUAUGAGGUCUGUUAUUGCCUCCAGUUAUCAGGGGGCAAACUGGUUUAAUAACUGAAGAGGUGGUGGGGAUGAUGAAGGCCCAGUUAGUUAGAGCUAUGCACUUGAAGCAAUUUGUAACAUAGCUGAAAAAGGCUGUGCUUUACAUAGUCAGCUGUAUACGAAUCAGUACAGGGCAUCAAAUAAUGUAGAAUAUUCUUUAGUUUGAUUGCUAAAAUCGUUUCUUUCUGAUGUGUUUUUUCUUUUAGUUUUUAAUGGCAGUCUUUCUAACACAUAGGCAACAUGUCAGACAAUGUGCUUUCAAGUUUUGUUAUCCUUAUUUUACAUUUUCAACUUGGAUCCGAAUGUUUAAAGCAUAUUACCUGCCUCGAUUUUUUUUUUUUUUUUUUUUUUUUUUUUUUUUUUUUCUCCCAUUUGAAUCUUGUAGCAUUACAUCGUGAAAAUGUGUAUCAUGUCAGUUAUGUGUGAAUAAGAAUGUGUACGGUUAUAAGUAGGACAUUUCCAGCUAGAGUUUUAAAGUAAUCAAUACAAAUGCUUUCCCUCAUUGCUUGAGAAAAUGUCAGCGCUAUUCUUAACCUCAUUUGUAAACAUCCACUUGCAAAAUUUAAGGGACUGUCUGUGUUUGUUUACUAGUCAACAUGUGCCUUAUGGAAAGCAUUUCUUGCCUUGUCAUUAUAAAUGAAAUUUGCAGAUCAGCAUUGCUUAUGAUGAAUGCAUUAUUUUGGAAGAGAAUAUGUUAAUGUAAAUGCGUACAGUUGCUGUUACUUAUUUUUGUCAGCAUCUUACAGUUUUAUAUGCAAUUAAUGUUUCCUAUAGCACUGCUAUCUAAGCAUGUCUUUUUAAAUUAAUAAAAUUGAGAUUUAAUUUCA